GUUGCCUUAUUUAUAAACAUGGCGACGGAACCGCGCUUCGAUGCAUCUCUCGCCAGUGAAAUUUCUUUCUUUGGCGAGUUAACACCGUGGGAAGAGCGGGUUCUGGAGCGUUGCCGAAAGGCUAACACAACAUUAUACAGCGACACUCCUGUUCUUCCCGACGGUGUGAGCUUCCAUGGAGUCGGAGAGCCCGUCAUGGAUCCACCAACGCCACCGUCACCAACGCGACAUGACAACUGGUGUGCGUGUGGUAACUGCUCCGCAAUGCCGAUGGCGCGUGAGCAGGUGUGCUGCACCUCUAUUGCCGAAGUACGGAGAAGAUGUCCAGACGGCUGCAUCGUAGACCACUCGGACUUCCAAACUCUUUGCCUCACGACUGCUGUCAUGGAAGUUAUGGGCAUUGAAUACAAAAAGUGCGGAUUACUGCUUGGGAAGGAACCCAACGAAAUAUGGCGCCACAUAGCAUAUCGCAAUUUUGCAUCAUGGAUAUGGGGACCACUUCCUGAAGAAGACAGGCGGGUGCUCCCGUCAUUUGUGGUGAUGGCGAUACGGAACAACUUCCCAUCACCCUCAGGCAGCUACACUGGUUUUAGGCCUGUAAAAUGA